CCACUGAUAAGCCCUUUUGCCCCGAGUCCGUUCCGAAUUGUUGAANAAAUUAGAGGUGGUCCAGGACCAGUUAUGUUACCGCCAGGCGGUGAAAACGACGAUAGUCCACUCAUCAUCCAUAACGCUCCUCGGUUCCCUAUUGGUGGUCCUGGACCUAUUAUAAGUGGCACCGGGCUUGGCAAUGUAUGGGAGAAGGCAAAUAGCUUCCCAAAAAUUCGUGGUUAG